UAAUACAUAAAAGAUAAUAAAUAACAAUAUGUAUGAAUAACAUUUAACUCUAUAUUAAUUGGCAAUCUUUGAAUGCUCUACAUUCAAACAAUCAGAAGCAAAGUUUAUGAGUAUGUUCACACACACGGCGUAACUGGCGUAACAUACACCUUCGUGUGUGAACUACUGUAUGCAGUGGCAGUAUUAACGGCACCUGUAGACCCCAGAUUAAAUGCCUUGGAUCUAAUGCCAGUGAUGCUUGAAUGAUUUUGACCUCAGGUCAAGUGAUUGACUAUCAUGAUUUGCUUUACAGUAAACAAGCAAUACUCAGAAAGGAAAGCACAAGACCAAAGUAUUGUUUGGAUAAGUCUAUUCUAAUGGCCAAAACUAAAACUGAGGUGGAAGACUAUCUACAGUAACUCAGCGACCUCAUUGGACUCUGGGACAAUCCUGAAUUUCAGGACCAAAUUAAGUGUGUUUAUGGCUACGUUCAGACUUGGAUAUAAGCCAGGCUUGAGAAAAGCAAUAACAUAAGACGGACGUGUUUUUUGAUCGACUACAAGUAGAUAAUCAUGCCUAAAAGUAAAGGAUUACAUAUUCUGAAUAAGAGAACCUCGAGAAAAUCAAAACAGACGCUUUAUAAGGGUUUGCAUAGGUCUAUGAGAUCUAAUCUUAAUGGGGUUGGAAGACCACAUCUCUUCCGAGAAUGGUCAACCUGUUCUAUAACAUAUAGUAUGGCUAAUUCAAGUGAAUAUCACCAGAAAAAUGCAGAAAGUAGCGAAUCUUCAGAUCAUUCAUCAGACGAUAGUGAUUCACUUGUGGAUGAAGAUGAGAUUCUGGAAAGUCCAAUUGAAGUGCAAGAUGGCGUUUAUUACUGUAUGGCUUGCAAUAAGAGCAUGUCCGGCAGCAUACCUCUUGAAGCCCAUGAGGAAAGCAACAAACACUGUCAACUUGUAGAGCAAUGGCGGGAAAACCUAUCUGAGCCAAACAACGAAAUGCCAGAACGUUGUGAUUCGACGUAUUGUUCCAUAUGUAAUGUACACCUUAGCGGCAAGAUAUCAGCAGAGCAACAUUAUGUAGGUAACACUCAUAAGAAACAAAACAAGCUCAUCUACCAUUCCGGGCACACUCCAUCACAGUUAAAUGAACGCAGCAUAAAUAAAUUACACACUGGUGAUGCCUUUCUCCAACGAGGAUGUUUCCCUUGUAGAAUACUAUGCUUUACAUCUAUCGUUCACGCACAGAUGCAUUUUGCGGGAAAACGUCACAGAAAACAAGCCAUGGGUUGGAUUCCAGCGCCAGUAAAGAAACUGCCACCGAUGAAGCUUAAGCCACCGAAAGACAAACCUAUCAGUGUUGAUUCUUUAACUUCUACCAAGUCAAGAAAUUAUCAACGUGAGCUUUACAUGCAGGCUAUGGAAAGUCGUAAUGCAGUAAUUUUUCUUCAAACAGGUACUGGAAAGACCCUAGUGGCAGCAAUGAUAGCACGAACAAUGUUGGUCAUGAACCCUGGAAGGCAGGUUGUAUUUCUUGUCGAUAAAAUUCUGCUGUGCAUUCAACAAAGCGAUUAUUUGGAGAAAGAGCUUGGAGUAUCGUAUCUGUCCACAAUACCGAAAAUUGCUCGUUUAUGUGGAGGUGGACGUACAAUAUCAGCAAACGAACAUAUUAGUCAAUAUGAUAUAGUUGUCGUUACUGGAGAGUAUUUUCGAAACUUGUUGAGGAAGAAAACCAUGUUUUGGGAAAAUAUUUGUUUGAUAGUGUUUGAUGAGGCACACCACUGCCACAAGGAUCAUCCAUACAACAUGAUUAUGAAAGAUUAUUACAAGAAGUCUGAUCACAAGCCGAAGGUAGUUGGGUUGUCUGCUUCACCUGUUGGAUUGAACACUAAAGAAGCCACCGAGUCUGUUCUAAGUCAUCUGCUCGCUAACCUUGGAGAUGCUGAGUUAGCAUGUGUAGUUGAGAAUUGGCGGGAGUUAGAAGGAUUUAGAUCAAAGAGCAAGCUGGAAGUAAAAGCAAUGAAACUUGAUCCUAAACUAGAUUAUUUGCUAAACAAACUGAAGGUUCUAGCACGUAAAUCAUUUAAACGAUUGCGGCUGCAUUAUACAGAAUUAGGUGGUCUCCUACACGACAGACAUAUUGAGGACAAUGAUUUGUUAAGUAGUGGUACUCUUAUAGAAGUAUUGGAUGCUCUAAGCGAACUAUACGAUGAACAACAUGAAGUUAAUUACUUAUCGUUUCUAUUAACUAACAUAUCUCAUUUGCGUAACGGGGAAUGUCCUCACGAAGUAGAAGACUUACUCUUGGCAAUUGACAGUAAUGUUAUCUGUUCUUAUUCCUCUGCAUUUGUGAGUGAUAUUUCAGAAACACAAAUGGAGGCGAUCGUUAAUGAGUUGUAUCUUAGAUUUUGCAAGUAUAGAGUAAACGAAAGCGAACCACUUGCUUUGAUUAUGGUGCAAACAAGAAUGAGAGCAAUGCAAUUGACAGAGAGGCUAAAUAGUCAUGAUUUUUUCGUCGAUCAUGGCAUCCAAGCAACAAAACUAGUAGGUCAUGGUGGAGGUAACGUCGGGGAGAAUGGAAAGGUCGCUGGUAUGUCAGUCAGUCAACAGCGCGGAACACUUGAGAAAAUAAAAAAUAAACGCUACCAGGUCAUUAUAGCUACGAGCGUCGCCGAAGAGGGAAUUGACCUUCCAGAGUGUGAUUUAGUAAUUUUACUUUAUACACCAUCUACAACAACAUCUCUUGUGCAAUUGAGGGGACGAGCUAGAAAAAAACAUUCGAGAAUGGUUAUCCUUCAGCCAGAUGCAACACGUAAUGAUGUGGACGCCCUGUUGGAUAAAGAAGCAAGAAUGGAGAAAGCUAUAACAAACAUUUUUAAUCAACAACGGAGGAAGAAAUUGGAAGAACACAAUACGUCUAAAUGGCGUAGUGUAUUUGACGAGGAGAGAAGUUCCCGACGAGAGAGCCAGACAUGCGAAGCGGGAUUUUCGGUUACGACCAUAGGGGGAUUCUGGUGGAAUCAUCAGUAAUGCUGCAAAGAGUUCCCCAACAAUUGGGCCACCAUACUCCUUAAUUCAUACUAAAUAUACCAACCGCUUGAAUGUGUGACCGCAACAGAAAUUGUUUUUUAGUAAUGCUUUUUUAUGGGCCCCCCUCCAACUUUUUGGCACAAAAUAUAUAAUUU